CCACAGCCUUACCUUUGACAAGAUUUCUGUUUUAAAAUCGUUUCCCUCAUAUCCUUAUGUUGUUUGGUAUGUUUCACUUUAUGACCCCUUGUAUUGGCAGAAAAGAGUCCCCAAAGAUAAGACAAGGACGGUCAUGUUGUAAAAGAAGCCCAAGGCUGAAGAUUGAAGAAGGGAACUUGGAACUUCCAAGGGAACUGGAGACAAUGGAAAUCUCAUCAUGUGGAAUGCAAUGGCCGAUCUCAGCUCAUCACAACCUUCGCCUCCUGGGUUCAGGCAAUUCUCCUGCCUCAGCCUCCUGAGUAGCUGGGACUACAGGCACGCGAAAGCAUGCCCAGCUAAUCUGUUUUGUAUUUUUAGUAGAGACGAGGUUUCACCAAGUUGACCAGGAUGGUCUGGAUCUCUUGACCUCGUGAUCCACCCGCCUCGGCCUCCCAAAUGCUGCGAUGACAGGCGUUAGCCACCAGACCCGGCCCGACAAUCUCCAUUUUUAACGCGGAGAAUUAUUUUCCUCUUGACAAGAGACGUUGACAGCGGUCUCUGUCUAUAGGCCAUGAAAGGAGUUUGAUCUAAACGCUUUGCACCGAGAUGAUUUUGUUUUCUGCCUUAAAAAUUAAGCGCCUAAACUCUGUUAGCGUAUAGGGCUUGGCUUUCUUGGAGGGGUCCUCAGCGGCAUGCCUGGACAUCCUUCUCGGGCUUGGAUUCGGCCCAGAAAGUUUCUGAGAGGCUGUCUCCACCUGCCCUGCCCCAGGAGAGGCCAGUUCCUGGUGUUGCCACCUCGGCUGUACGCUGGGCUUGCCGCUUUGUCUUUCUUCCCGCCUUUUCCGGACAAGAGUGCCAAGAAGCAGGAGUUCCUGGGCUUGGAGACCAAGGCAGGGCGACUUGGUGUGUGGCCCAGAUCGAAGUGGCGCAGUGCCUCAUGGAGGCCGGGAACGUUCUGCUGACAACCUCCCCGAGGGUCUCAGGCAUGUUUGUGGGGUCCAGCGACUCAUGCCACACCUCACCAGACUGAAUCUCCAGCCCCAUGGGACCGGAUCGCUGCCCACGCCAUCCGAUCCGGAAUCCAGUGGGAAGAGCAGUCCCGAGUGCCCACCUGAGGAUCGGUCUGAAGCGCCCUCCUCCUCCUCCACCGGACCCGAACAGGAAGCGGGGCUCAAGGAGGUCCUGAGGUCAGGAGAGUCGGGCUCCCGCGCUGCUUGUGGCACGCAGCCUCCUUCCCCGGGGUCGCCUCGGGAACCGCCUCCAGCAUUUUCCUCUGCGGCUGUGGCCGGAGACAAGAGCGCCGGCAUUGCGGCUGGCCAGCCGGGCACGCCAAUGCACCUGCGCGAGCGGCGCGUCACAGGCCCGAGUGGCGCGUCACAGGCGCGAGGGCUGAGCCGGGGCUGGCGUCACAGUUACUGCCCCCGUGGCCCGGGAAACGGUUUCGGAGGCUUCGCAAAGCAGGUGCCCACUGCGAUCGUCGCCGCGGUCCUACGAUUUCAGGAGCCGGGCAGGGCGGAACCAGGCUUAGAAACGCUCCGGCUUAGCUUCAGGGAUGCCCAGGGUGAUCCCCAGGGAACCCCACGAUGCUUCAGGCCUGCUCAGACGGUGUGGGAGUGCGUCUCCUUGAAAGCUGUCUCUGCUGGGAUUUCCACAUACGGCCAGCCUGUGUGUCGCGGGGCUGGUCUCUCCCCGAGGGUCUUCCCGGCAGAGGGCAGAACCGCGGAAGCUGUGGGAUGUCUCUGUGUGCUCUGUGAGUGUCUGUGUGUGUGUGUGUCAGAGAGAAAGUGUAUGUGUAUAUGUUUCUGUGUGUGUGCGUGUGCGUUUGUGCCAGCGCUGUAUCCUGGACACGAGUGUGGCCAUUGCACUCCAGCUCUGUUUCUCUGCAGUCCACCUACCUUCUGGUGCGCUUCUGUCCUUGGCUCAGCUCAGGGGCUGUGGGGCCCAUCCUUCUUUGCUUUGCUCCUGGAUUCUAAAGCCUCAGUGUAGUGGAGGUCUGGCUCCCGCCCGCAGGUGUCCUAAUCACCUUCCCAUCCCAUGAAAGUAUAUAUAAAGUAUAUUUAAUGUGUUACUUUUUCUCUUCUGUGGCAUACACUGUCACAGAAUCCAGUGAUCCAAGACAGUAUUAAUCAGAAAUAAAUUUUUCAAGCGACUAACUGAAGCAUUCCUGUUUAACACAGAACAUUUGUUUUUAUCAUUAAUUCA